AUGGAUUCAACAACCACAGCAUCUCAUAACGCAGAACGACAAGGUAUCACCGGAACUCCAGAACAAUUUGUAUUGGGAAAUCGUUUUCCAAAAACCUCAACUAACACUCAACAAGGUCAAUCGUUCACAAAUGCUGGUUACAAAAAACCAAGCAGUGCCAAAUAUAAUGUAGAACUACUGAAAGAAUUAGCGAAUGAUUUUGGCUAUCUACUCAAUAGAACAGAUAUUAGUGACUGUUGGCUCAAUGUUAAUGAUACUUAUAUGGCUGUUCAUCAAUGUGUUCUCGCUGCACGUUCAAGUACUUUUUCUGCUAUUAUGUCAGGCAAUAAUAGUAAACUUGAUCCUGAUAUAAAAAAAGAACUUCAAACAUUACAUAAAAAUGAUAAAUUAGUAAUUUUUAUUAAGAAAACUGAUCCUGAAAUAAUGAAACAAGUUAUUAUAUUUAUGUAUACAGCUAAGUGUGAAUUAAAUGAAACCAAUGCAUUUUACCUUCUUGAUGCUGCUGGUCGAUAUGAUAUUAAAAGUUUAAAAGUAUAUACUGCUCAAUGUACUUAUAUGGCUGUUCAUCGAUGUGUUCUCGCUGCACGUUCAAAUACUUUUUCUGCUGUUAUGUCGGGCAAUUACAGUCGACUUGAUCUUAAGACCAAAAAUGAACUUGAAACAUCUACGAAGAAUAAUAAAUUGGUAAUAUCUAUUACUAGAACUAGUCCUGAAAUAAUGAAACAAGUUAUUAUAUUUAUGUAUACAGCUAAUUGUGAAUUAAAUGAACGCAAUGCAUUUCACCUUCUCGAUGCUGCUGGUCGAUAUGAUAUUAAAAGUUUAAAAGUAUAUACUGCUCGAUUUCUUGUAAAUCAUAUCGAUACCAAUAAUGUCUUGAGAUUAACAGAAGCUGCAUUUCUAUACGAUAAUAUAUUACUUAAACAAAGAUGUAUUGAUUAUUUUAUUGAUCAUGCUAGGGAAGUUAUGGAUAUAAGUGAAUUGUGGAAACCCUUCGCUGAAAAAUAUCCAGCGAUUGUUUCUGAGCUUCUUUAUUGUACUGUUCACAAAGAUGAACACCGCGAACAGACAGCCUAA